AUUGUCUCCCUACGGAAAGGCUCUGCUUUAUUAUCGCUUUCUGCCAUUUCAGUUCCUCUGUAAUGGCAACCAAAAAACGUCCCAAGUAACUUUUGACUAGCCUUCGGAGUUCUUGACUAUUAACAUGGAAAAUACGUUUCAAUCGCCCUGCUAGCUGCUAGUUUGCGCCUAUGGCUUCUCAAGAUGCAGAACAAAGGGAAGGUUCCCUUACCCCCAGGGCCCGAGGCCUUCCUCUCCUUGGUUACCUCCCUUUUCUGGGUCCUAACCUCCACCACAUGUUCAAAGAAUUAGCCCGAAUUUAUGGUUCGACCUACAAGCUCUCAAUUGGAAGAAAAAUUUAUGUCGUGAUAAGCUCUCCAUCCUUGGUGAAGGAGAUGGUGCGUGACCAGGACACAUCAAUCUUCGUCCGUGAGAUGCUAUGCAGUGAAAAUCUGGAUGCUUUUUACUCUAACCGGAGGAACGAGAUGAAGAAGAUUAUCAGUUAUGUCUAUGGAAAGAUUGGCAAAAAAGCUAACAUCGGAGAGUUGGCGUUUACAAAGGUGAUCAACAUGGUAUCCAGCAUGUUUUGGGGUGGAACGUUUGAAGAAGAGAAAGGAAGACACGUGAAUGCAUAGUUUUUGGAGGCGGUGGCGCAACUCACUGAUGUAUUGGGGAAGCCAAACAUUUCAGACUUCUUUCCAAAUCUCGAAAUGCUUUGAUAUACAAGGAGUGGCAGAGGAGAGGAGGAAGGUCACUGGACGAUUGGAGAAGCUUUUCGAAUAUGUGAUAAGUGAACGGACAAGGAGGAGCAAGGAAUAACAGAACAAGCUUUUG